UUAGCCUCUAUCUGUGCAAUUGGUUUUAUAGUUAGCUUAUGUUUAGUUCUCCUAAUUAGUAUCUAAACAUUCGAUGUGAUGGGGAGUAAACUUUAGUCCAUAGAAUCAAACACCCCCUUACUAAAGUUCUCCACACCUGUACUGCAAUAGGGCAGCCCUUGGCUCCAUUGCACAGGUGCUUGGGCGUUUCUUGCUGCCAAGUGAAUGAACUGAAAGCAAUUCAACGCAUGCUCGCUCUGCUGCACACAGGGGCAUGGUGGCGCAGAACCUCUACAUCGCCGGCAUGAAGCUGACCUCGACCACUUUCGCCUCUGCCACCACCAACCUCCUCCCGGCCGUCACCUUCGUCCUCGCCGUCGCCUUCCGCUACGAGAGGCUCGCUAUCGGCAGCCUCUCGGGCCAGGCCAAGGUCGCCGGCACCUUCCUCGGCGUCGGCGGCGCGAUGCUGCUCACCUUCUACAAGGGCCCCGACAUCACUCCCUGGCGCAGCCGCGUCAACCUCGCCGCCGCGCUCGCUCAGCGCGCCGCCGCCGCCGGUGCCGCCGGCUCGCACCCCCCGCCGCCGGCGCCGGCCGCCCCCAACUUCGCCAUGGGCUCGCUGCUCUGCGUCAGCAGCUGCUUCUUCGCCGCGCUCUGGCUCAUCAUCCAGGCCAAGCUCAGCAAGGAGUACAGGUUCCACUACUCCAGCACAGCGCUCAUGUGCGCCAUGACCACGCUCCAGUCCGCGGCCUUCGCGCUCUUCUUCGACAGGGACGCCGCGCAAUGGCGGCUCGGAUUGAACAUCCGCCUCCUCGCCGUCGUGUACUCGGGCGUUCUGGCGUCGGGCGUGAUGCUGGUGGUGCUGGCGUGGUGCGUGAGGCGGCGGGGCCCGCUGUUCGUGUCCGUCUUCAACCCGCUGAUGCUGCUGGUGGUGGCGGUGCUGAGCUCGCUGCUGCUGGGCGAGGAGCUGCACCUCGGCACCGCGCUGGGGGCCGUGCUCAUCGUCAUGGGGCUCUACGCCGUGCUCUGGGGCAAGGGGCACGAGCCGGCGGCGGCCACAGAGGCGGCCAAGGUCGCCGACCAGCCAACCGUCGAGGAGGAAGACAAGCGCAUCGAGGUGCCCAUCGCGGCAAACUCAAUCUGACCAUCAUCAGUCUCGCGAGGAGGACGGCGAGAGACCAUGUAUGAGUCGUGGAUCAUCCAACAGAACUAAAGAUAAUUCUUUUUGGAAACCAUGCAUGUUUAGUGUUUGUAAAGAACAUUACGAAAACACGAAAAGGUCUCCAUUCUCCAACUCGAUCGACCCCGUAUCGAGCACUACUUACUUGUCGGCGGCGGUGCUACAAAUCAAGAGGGAGGAGGGCUUCUUUCUUCGUUCCCCAAACAAUCUCAUCUCUAGACUCAAGCGCGCUGUCCCCUGGAUCUUGAGGCAACCAUGUCGAGCUCGUCGGACACGGCCCAGACCGGGAAGCGCAAGGCGCCGGCGGCAGCGACCAAGAAGACGACGACGACGAAGGUAACCAAGACGAAGAACAAGGAGGCACGGAUGACGUAGGCCCAGAUCGACAGCCUGAUCCGCUACAAGACCUUUUACUUCCCCGAGGACGCCAUCCCCAAGGUGAGCAAGGAGAGGCUGACCCGGACGAACCUCGCUGACAAGGGCAGCCUCCCGGUUCCCUUGGACAAGAUGGACGACUACAUCGCCAAUAUAUUCAGGCAACUCAGGGCGUUUGGUUCUUUGUUUAUUUUUAAG